AUGUCAGCGUUCGACAAAAAGAAGCCUCUUCUUGACGAUGAAGACCAACUGCCGGAAUCGUACAAGUCUGUCAACAUGAAGAGCGUGCAAGACGCGUACCGGUCGGUGCAGUCCCCUCGACACAGCAUGUACAGUACGAUCCAUGCUGGGAACGGCGUCGAGUCCAUGCUAGCCGGCGGGUUGGACCGAUUCUACGAAAAGUACCGCGCUUUGUCCAGCAAGGUCAACCUCCACUUGGCGACCCCCGAAGUCCGCUUCGAGAACUUGAACUACGUUGUUCAGGCGCGUCAAAUGACGUUGGCCGAGAAGCAGGGCACGGUCGGGUCGUACGUCGGUCGCAUGUUCACCCCGUUCAAGCAAGCCGUGUACAAGGAGCAGGUGGUGCUGCAGCCCAUGAGCGGUAUCAUCAAGCCUGGCAGCAUGACGCUCAUCCUGGCCAACCCUGGGUCGGGCAAGUCGACUUUCUUGAAGGCGUUGGCUGGUAAGCUGGACCAGAACAAAAAGUGCGCCCAAGGCGGCGACAUCACAUUCAGCGGCUUGAAGACGUCGGACAUCGACACCAAGAAGAUCGUGGGGCUGGUCGACCAGCGAGACAACCACGCGCCGACGUUGACGGUGCGCGAGACGUUCAAGUUCGCCGACAUGUGCUUGAACGGACCCCCAGAAAGCCAGCCAGAAGAGCUGCAGGAAGUGGCCAAGCUUCGCACGGAAAUGAUCAUCCAGUUGUUGGGGCUGUCCAACUGCGCCGAGACGGUCGUGGGCGAUGCGCUUCUCCGUGGGUGCAGUGGAGGCGAACGUAAGCGCGUGACAGUGGGUGAGAUGCUCGUGGGCGGCCAAAGCGUGUUCUUGUGCGACGAAAUCAGUACCGGGCUCGACAGUGCGGCGACGUUUGACAUCGUCACGUCUUUGCGCACGUGGUGCAAGACGUUGGGUGGCACAGUGGUGAUCGCCCUCUUGCAGCCCACCCCCGAAGUGGUCGAGCAAUUCGACGACAUCCUCAUGCUCAACGAAGGGUACAUGGAAUUCGAAUUCAACCCCGAAAACCGCUACAACUACAUGCUGGUUUUGAUCGGCAUGUGGGUCAUCUUGCAGACAUGCAUCUACUUGACGUUGAAGUAUGUCAGCCACUUGAAGAGAUAG